AUGAGCACUCCGCAUCCCACUCGCCGUCUCCUGAUCUUUCAGGAGGCGCGCAAUACCGCGUCCUCCGAGCUGGUGUAUCUGCCCGUCAACAAACUGGGUCUUCCCAUCUGCGGUCCGGGGCCUGAACUGCCUUCGAUUUUGGAAUUGCCGCUGCGUGCGUUGCGUGCGUUUACGGAGAUCUUCAAUCAGCCGAAGUAUAAGGGCUGGUCGAUUCUCUCCGCUGGCCCGUACCAUGAUACCUCCGAGGAGGGCAAAUUCUACGCGGUCAUCUUGGAACAGGCGAGAGAUUCCUUCAGUCCCGGUGAUUCGACGGGCCCGUGA